AUGCAAACGACAGCUGGAUCUUAUGCACUUUUGGGAUGCAAAGUCCCCAAAGAUGCUCACAUAGUUCAUCUGCUGCGCAAAGCAGGCGCCAUACCCAUUGGCAAAUCCAACCUUGAUGAGUGGGCAGGUAUGAGAUCUCAUAGCUACUCUUGUGGCUAUUCGGCUCGUGGCGGUCAAUGCAGAAACUCAUACAUCUUAACACGAUCUCCAAACGGAAGCUCUUCAGGUUCUGCUGUCGCAGUUUCUGCGAAUCUUGUGCCUCUGGCUUUUGGCACCGAAACAGAUUGCAGCAUUAUAUCUCCGGCUGCGGUGAACGGCGUCGUGGCUAUUAAGCCCACUAUAGGUCUGACGUCUAGAGGUGGCGUGGUCCCCAUAUCUGAGACUCAGGAUUCUGUCGGCUCAUUUGGCCGAAGUGUUAAGGAUUGCGCUCGUGCAAUGGACGUCAUCGUCGGGUCUGAUCCUGACGACAGGUUCAGCACAAUGCCGGAUCGAAGAGAGGUGCUCAGCUAUUCUGAAUGCGUUACAGACCACAAAUCGCUGCGAGGUGCAAAAUUUGGCCUUCCGAUGAAGAGAUUUUGGCACGUAGCUCCGCAACCACAGAGAAGAGUAAUUGAAAGAGUGUUAGACUUGCUGCAACGAUAUGGGGCGAGUAUUGUGGAAGUGGAUAUGCCAUGUGCUGAAGAAAGACUGCCAGAAGAUGGUGAAUGGGACUGGGAACGAUAUGGUGAGAGCAAUCCUGAAAUCUCCGAAAUAACAGUAUCAGCCGUCCAAACCUACUACUUGAUGAAUCAAUAUCUUUCGAAGUUGACCAACACACCUAUACGUACUCUCGAAGACGUUGCCAAGUACAACGACGAAAACCGUGGCUCUGAAGGGGGCCAUCCCUACGAUAUACCCGCGUUUCCCGAUGGACAACCACUCUUCCGCCAAUGUGUCGAGACCAAAGGUAUCAAAACGUCUGUAUACCAUGCCGCACUGCGCCACAUUACCAAGCAAUGUCGUGAAAAUGGCAUUGAUGCAGCAUUGAAUUAUCGCAGUCCAGCUACAAGUGCAGAGGUGCAGCUUGAUGCACUUCUGUUUUGCGAUGUGAAAAGAGGUGGCAUCCAGAUAGCAGCCCAGGCUGGUUAUCCAGUAAUGACUAUCCCUGCAGGUCUCGAUCCGGACGGUAUGCCAGUGUCGCUCGUGCUGCUCCAUUCCAAAUGGCAAGACGACAAGCUCAUCAAGUGGGCGAGCGCUAUAGAGGAUAUGCUUGUUCACCAACAAGAACAACGUGCAAGACUUUACGGAAAGAGUUCAAUUCCUAGAAACAGGAGACUAGGGAGAAUACCUCCAACGUAUAUGCAAUAUCUACGAAAGAAUAUACCGGUGGAGAAGAGCUACCACUACAAGGGGUCGAAGAAUGAGACAGAUGAACCAUGGCCAGAUCGGCGAGCUGAUCCCGAUCCUGGUAGAAACCAUGACGAGGACGAGCUUGACAACAAGGAGGUGCCACGAUACCUGGUGUAA